AUGACGGGGAAGAAAUCAACUUUAAGUAUGCUGUUGGAAAACUCUCAACAAUUGGAUGACAAUGAAAACGUGUUGUACUCUAUGUCAGAUGAAGAUGAAGAUUAUCAACACCAUUUCCAUCAAGACAGCGAUGAGGACGAAUUGCCAAAAUCUUUCAACUCAGCACAUUUUUCAGUUUCUGAAGACAGGUUUAUGAAGGAUCAUGAUUUGAAAGUGAAGGCUUUUGAAGCAUUGCACAAUAGUGGCAGCAAUAACAACAAUCAUAAUCAAGUCCAAACAUUUUCACCUGUGUCACCUAAACUAACUUCAGUUAAACGUAGAUCAUCUAUUAUUGACAUGCCACAAAGAUUAAACAAUUUCAAUCCAGCAAUCCCCCAAAAUAAGUUUGGUCAGAAUUUUGCUACAGACCCCAAUGCCUUGCCAGACGAAUACCCUUCGGAUGAGCUAAUUGAAUUCUACCAAAAUGUGAAAAAAUGUUUAGAUUUUAGACAGAAAUAUCUAGAUUUAUCGUUACAAACACCAGAACUGCUUAAUCCUAAAAACCAACCAGAUUGGAAUAUCUAUCCACCACCUCCAAAACCUACAUAUAAAUCCAAGAAUCGAUUCAACCAAUUACCUAGAGAAUCCGACAAUGAUGAAGAAGAGGAAUUUGACUUUAGCAAGUGUGAAAUUCCACAUAUUAGCGAUAGUCCUUAUUAUUUUGCCCUUGAUGACGAAGAUGUAUACCAAGUGCAUGACAAAAAGACAGAUAAAAAAUUGGUCAAGAUUCCCAAUUUACAUGACUACUACUCGGACUUGAAUACCAUUUCGAAAAUAUCUUCUGAUGGUCCUUCCAAAUCUUUUGCAUACAAGAGAUUGCAAUAUUUGGAGGCCAAAUGGAACAUGUAUUACUUGUUAAACGAGUUUGAAGAAACAAAGCAAUCCAAACGUAACCCACACAGGGACUUUUACAAUGUACGUAAGGUUGAUACACAUAUCCAUCACUCUGCUUGUAUGAACCAGAAGCAUUUGUUACGUUUCAUUAAAUACAAGUUGAAAACAGAACCAGAUAAGCAAGUUAUUUUCAGAGAUGGGAAGAUUUUGACAUUGGCAGAAGUAUUUAAAUCGUUGAAUUUAACAGCGUACGAUUUAUCAAUUGACACCUUGGAUAUGCAUGCCCACACCGAUACCUUCCAUAGAUUUGAUAAAUUCAAUUUAAAGUAUAACCCAAUUGGUGAAUCCAGAUUGAGAGAAAUAUUUUUGAAGACAGACAAUUUUGUUGAUGGGAAAUAUUUGGCGGAAAUAACCCAGCAGGUUAUGGAAGAUUUGGAAAGCUCUAAAUACCAGAUGAAUGAGUUGAGAAUUUCCAUUUAUGGUAGAUCUAUCCACGAGUGGGAUAAAUUAGCCGCUUGGGUGAUUGAUAACAAAUUAUUCAGUCAUAAUGUUAGAUGGUUAAUACAAGUGCCAAGAUUGUAUGACAUUUAUAAGAAGAAUGGCAAUGUUAGAUCUUUUCUCGAUAUUAUGAAAAAUGUUUUCGAGCCAUUGUUUGAGGUCUCACUCAAUCCAAGAUCACACCCAAAGCUAUACGUCUUUUUGCAAAGAGUAGUUGGUUUUGACUCUGUUGAUGACGAAUCCAAAUCUGAAAAGCCAAUACAAUCACGCAAGUACCCUCCAGCAAGUGAAUGGAACUCGAUUUCUAACCCGCCUUAUUCCUAUUAUUUAUACUAUCUUUAUGCAAAUAUUGCUAGCUUGAACAAUUUGAGAUUGAAAAAUAACAUGAACACAUUUGUGUUGAGACCACAUUGUGGAGAAGCUGGUGAUCCAGAACAUUUAAUCAGUGCAUUUUUGACUUCAUACGGUAUUUCGCACGGUAUUUUAUUGAGAAAGGUGCCAUUCAUUCAAUACUUGUAUUACUUAGACCAAAUUGGAUUGGCCAUGUCACCACUUUCUAACAAUGCUUUAUUUUUGACAUAUGAUAAAAAUCCUUUCUACAACUUCUUUAAAAAAGGUUUGAAUGUAUCUUUGUCGACAGAUGACCCAUUACAGUUUUCAUACACAAAAGAACCAUUGAUAGAAGAGUAUUCGGUUGCAGCACAAAUUUACAAGUUAUCUGGUGUCGACAUGUGUGAAUUAGCCAGAAACUCGUGUUUACAGAGUGGAUGGGAGGCAAAUAUUAAAAAACAUUGGUUAGGUAAAAACUAUAUGAAAGGUGGUGUCGAAGGAAAUGAUAUUGAGAAGACUAAUGUUCCUGAUAUUAGAGUAGCAUUUAGAGAAGAUGCCUUACAAUCAGAGAAGAAUUUGGUGAAAUAUUAUAAUGGGUUGCACAGAAAACUGCUGGAUGCAAAUUCUGCGACGUAA